UAUUUUUCUUUUUUUUUAAUUACAAAACAAAGCGUGGAAAUGGUGCUAUCCUAUACUACAAGAAUACCAAAGAAGUGGCGAGUCAUUCUUCUCGUACUUUCUGUUGUUUUAGUAUUAGGUCAAAUAUGGGUUAUAACAAACCCAUCAUCAUUGUCUACAGCCACUGUUUCCUUGAAAGAGGUCGAUACAAUUAUUGAUCAUCAGCGUCCUUUAACUAAUUCAUUUGAACAAGAGCCAAUGAAGAAAAUACAGCCGCCUAAAAAGCAAUCCAUCUUGCUGGGUUUUGGUGGAUAUUUAUCCAAACUUCCUAAACUCCAACACGACUUUAAGAAGGAGCCAUUGGCAUUUACCAAAUUGAGAGAAAGAAGAAGAAAAGCUAUCAAACAGUCUUUUGUGCAUGGAUGGUCUGGAUACAAAAAAUAUGCAUUUGGACAUGAUGAACUAAAACCACUCUCUAACAAGUCUAAAGAUCCUUUUGGCGGAUGGGGUGCAACCAUGGUUGACGCCCUAAGCACACUUGCUGUGAUGGAACUUCAUGAAGAAUUUCAAAGCGUAUUACCCCGGAUCAACAAGAUCAACUUCAAAGUCAAUGAUAAUAUCAGCGUCUUCGAAACCAUCAUUCGUUACUUGGGCGGUUUUAUUAGUGCUUAUGAACUCAGUGAGAGAAAGAAUGAUGUUUUGCUUCAGAAGGCCGAAAAAUUAGCACAAGAGCUUUUGCCUGCUUUUGAUACACCUUCUGGCUUACCCCACCAUUAUUGGAACCCAGUUUUAAAAGAGCCCGAUAAUGACCGAACCUUGAUUGCUGAAGUCGGAACUGUUCAAUUAGAAUUUAUGAUGCUAUCUCAGCUUACAGGAAACCCAAUUUAUGGUCAAAAGGCACAAGAAAUUACAAAUUUCCUUGAUAAUAUGGGGUAUGAACAUGGACUGUAUAUUAAAGGGUUAUAUCCUACUGCCCUUAAUACAGAAGAAGGUCGAUUCUUAGAUACUCUUUCUACAUUUGGUGCCAUGGGUGAUUCUGCCUUCGAGUACUUUUUGAAAGAAUAUCUUUUAGUAGAUGGUACUGUGCCCCAAUAUGGAAGAAUGUACCAAGACUCUGUUAAAAGCAUGAAACGAUAUAUGCUUCGUCAAGUACCUGGUUAUGAUAUGCUGAUGCUCCCACCUUUUGAUACCCAAGAAAUGACACACUUAAAUUCCAUGGAUCAUUUGACUUGUUUUGUACCUGGUAUGCUCGCUAUGGGAGCUAAGACAUUCAAUGAACCAGAAGACAUGGAUAUUGCAAAAGGACUCUUGGAGACUUGUGUGUUUAUGUAUCGUACAACAAAGACUGGAUUAGCGCCUGAUAGUUGGGUCAUUACUAAAACUGAACCUUACAAUCCAUUGACAUUCAAUAAGACAAAAUCAGAACUAUCCAAGUCUCGAGAUUGGUGGUAUGAGCCUGACAUGACCAAUCCUCUUAUCGAGGAAAAGAUGAACAUAUCAAGCAUUAAAAAAGAAGAAGAAAAACUAGAAUACUUGAUGGACUAUCAACUCUCACCUCCACGAAACAGACCAUCCUCUCUUUAUUUUGGCGACAAACGUUAUAUCCUCCGCCCUGAGACAUUAGAGAGCUUGUUCAUUCUCUAUCGACUUACAGGCGAUCAAAAAUACCAGGUACGACAGCAAUAUUGUUGGAAAAUGUAGCAACUCAUCAAAACAUUAGGAAUAUGGAUGGGAAAUUUACCAAGCCAUUGAAAAGUGGUGCAAGACAAAAAGUGCUUAUGCUGUUGUUCGAAACGUAGACAGGGAUGAAGACCUUUACGAGGAUAAAAAGGUUCCAGAGGCCUCCGAGUUUGAUCCUCGAUUCAACCAGAUUGACUCGAUGGAAAGCUUCCUUUUUGCAGAGACACUCAAGUAUUUGUAUUUACUGUUCAGCCCCCAGAUUUUAUCUCUCUUGACAAAUUUAUCUUUAACACCGAAGCUCAUCCUUUCGUCCGUAAGCAAUGGAAUUGGGAUCGUAUUUUGGCAGAAAAGAAAGCUUG